UGAUUGUAUUUUAAGGUUGUUUGAAAUGCAACAUUUGAUAAGCAAAGAAGCUAGAAGCGAUAAAUCAUUUUACCUUAGCAUUUAAAUACUUAGAUAAAGACGAGUACCUGUUAAAUGUAACCAGGGUAAUUCUUACGGACAUAUACAUAUAAAGAGAAGUGUAGUGUUGCGUAUCUAAUUUGUUCUAAAUUCCGUAACAUAACUCAAUAUCAAAUAAUAUAAUUAGCUCUGAUUAAUGUCUAGCUUGCUAUCUCUUAUUUUCUAAGUUAGUAUGAUCUAUCAUCCGGUUUAUUGAUGCUUUGACUCUAUAGGCGAGUAAUGCUGCUAGUUUUAUUUUAAGAUGAAACAGCUUUUAGCAGCAAAUAGGCGAGAACGCAAGGCCAAUGAACCUUUUGAUGUUGAAGACAAAGUCGCGGAGUGUAGUGGAGAUGAACAAGGUGAAACGGUUAGUAUCAACGGUGACCCAGUUGAUGUGACUGCAGAAUGUAGUGGAGACGAACAGGUAGAAAAGGCAAUAAGGAAUGGUGACAAAAUGGAUACUGCCAAAACGGAUGAACAGAAUGUUGUAGCCCGGAAUGGACUAUGUGAAAGUGAUGAGUCAGACGACGAGUUGCGAGACCUUAUAAAAAAGAAAAAACGUUUAGAAAUGGAAAAAGAAACAUUAAGUGACGCCAAGCAAAGAAGACGAGCAGAGAGAGAAAAGCUGAAAUCAAAACUGAAGACAGAUGUAAAAACAUUAGAAACUGAAGUCGCAGAAUUAAAUCUUAAAUACAAAUAAUGUGAAGGGGUAAAACGAUGUAUGUCGAUGCAAUCAACAUAUUACAGUCUUCACUGCGUUCUCCACUUUGUGACAGAAACGUUGCCGAAAACUCUGAAUUCUAGACAAGCGUACGUUUCAGACAAUAAAAAAGCAGACUAAUAUUAUUUUACAGCGUACUGCAUUCUAGAAAUAUGUUGUUCAUGAAUGUACUGCCUCGUGCAUACGACAAUUCAUCUCUCUGUUAUGAUUACUUCAAAGUUUUCUGCACUUGCCACAGGAUGAUCCACCUUAACGUGUGCUACAGAUAGAUCACUAUCACCAAAUUUUGUAAAUUUGAAACGUUUUAUAAGAUUUGUAAACAUGAUAAAUAUUUCAAGCUUAGCCAUUGAAUCUCCUAAGCACAUCCUUGCUCCUGAAAACAAGAAACAGAGCAACGAUUAACAAAUACAUGAGUCGUUCAAAAUCCUAUUUGUUUACUUUUUCAUUCGUUGGAAUGUUUAAGUCAUCUUUAAUAUAUACCGCACCAUUAUAGUCAGACUGUUUUCUUUUAAUUACAAAACGACACUCACUAACUUAUUUCGUAUAAAUACGAUAACUGUGUUCUCAUUAAAUAAUAAGGAUGAAGGAAAGAAAGAACAAAGACAAAGUUCGGAUAUGAACAGCUAAUCAUUAGGAACCCUGAAAGUCUGCAAAUAGUUCACAUAAAUUCACAACAUAUAAGGCAAUACCUAUAGAAAAUGGAAUCAGCUUCUCGUUCCUUUUAAAUUGACUGUUCGCGUCAAUGUGUCGCUCUGGAUUAAAUUCAUUAACACCAUUCCAAACAAUUCUGUCCAUUGAACAUGAGUAGAGGUUGGCAAAGACAAUUGUGUCCUUCGGUAUAACAUAUCCUUGCAAUGCAACAGUCUUUGAUGUUACAUGCGGCAGACCGAGUGGCACUGUAAAAGAUACAAUAUAUAGGAGUGUUCUCAAUUUAUUGACAUUCUGUAAGAUCUCAACAAUAUGAAAAGUGACUCUUGAUUUUCUGAUAUACGAGUAUUGAUAUACUUCUGUGUUAGAAUGCAUUUAAUUAAAUAAGUUGUCAUUUUCAACGGACAAAAUGUCGUUCAGACUGCAAGUUUUUCUAUUUGCACAAAUUUACAUCUUCUCUAUUUUAAUACUAAUAUUAUUAUAAUUAUUAUUUUAAUAUAUUUGUUUUGUAUGGGACAAGAAACUGUAUAUGUUUACGUUACAAUAUAAUAAAUCAUUUGAAUGAA